AUGUGCUUCCUCUGUCUAGAAAACUAUCCUGAUGCGUCGAGGUUAGAAGAGUUCGAAUAUGUUAAGAAGGUCAAGUCCGCGAUACUCCCAAGCGAUCCGAGCAUAAAGGGACAUGAUGAGGCUUCUGAAGAAUGGGAUAUCUACCUAGAUUUCCUCCAGCUGCUCCAGGAUUACGAAGAAGCCCCAACGCCCCGUCGAGCAGUAGUUGCGCAAAUCAAAAAUUUCUUCUGGGGGAAUCUUGAUCUGGUGGACGGCUUCGACGAAUUCAUGUGGGCGGCCUUCCCCAAGCAAUGCAAAAUGGUCAGCGAAAAAGAAGCGAGCCUCAUUACCGCCCAUGGACUAGCCUGUGAGAAGCAAGCAAGUUCUCGACUUAUGAGCCUGCCCCGCGAACUUCGUGACAAAAUCUGGGCGGAAGCAGUGACUGGAAAUGUCUUUCAUGUAACUAAGGCGAAGGAGGAAGCGCCGAGUGUAUCUCCUUGCAAACCCCGAUUUCACUUGCACUUAUGUCGUGCUGCAAACGGUCUAGCAAGCUCAGCGUGUCCUCCUGGAAUAGGAGACCAUACCGAUUGCAUGACUUCCGGCCCAGUGGAAGUCUCGUCCUUCAAGAGAGUCUGUAAGCAGAUUUAUCUAGAGUUGCCAACAAACGAAGCGACAAUCUUUUCUCGAAGUGCAUUCCAAUUUGCUGAUAUGGGAGUCGCUGAGGAGUUCUUGUUCGGAAUCGCCGAGCCCGACAGAGCAGCGAUCAGGCAUCUCAGAUUCGCUCUUCCAUCAGAGCUUAUUCACGGUCAUUCCCACUAUCACUCAUACAUUCCUUCCUCUUGGGGAAGCAUUUGCAAUUAUUUUAGUAAUCCUUGGACCCGUAACUGUCUUCGCAUGGUCCCAGAAGAGGAUGAUCCGCCAGAAGAACUGAAAAUGCCUAUCUCCUUCUAUUACUCGAGUUGCUAUUACGAAAAUAACAAAGACAGAUUGCACAAGAGAUACCAAGUUCGUCGAGGCAAUACUAGCUGGGAUGUCAGCAUUGCGGGCUUGAGAUGGAAGGGAGAACCCAGAGUCGAUAUCGCUAUAGAAGAGCCGCCUCUCGAUGGCGAUCGACCUCCGUGGAACCCUCGGGGCGAUAAUGGGAGCGGAGAAGAGGAAAGUUAUGAGGAUGAAGACGAAGAAGAAGCUUAUGUUGGGGCAUGGGCUGCCCCGUUAUCUCAGUUCAAACAAUAUCAUGGACUGAGUCUGAAACUCUACAACAAAGAGGGACUUAAAGUCACCCCUGAAUUCGAGGACUAUGCUUCUCGCCUUCAGAAUAUUCUGAAAGGAAACACCAUAGGGCCUUGGAAAGUGCCAAAUUUUGAGGACAGUGGCCGGUUUCGAUCUCGAGAUGAAGUAAAAUUUAUGGUUUUGUUACGUCUAGUGCGAGAGCACGUUAAGACCUAUCAGGAGAGCCAAGCCUUCCGCACUACCCCACCGUCGACACAGGCUGACUUCACUCAUGCCGUAAUUGGAGGGGGUGCCGUCGGCUUGGCUAUUGCGAGACGGUUAGCUGCACGCGAGGGUACGAGUACCAUCCUCAUCGAACGCAACGGUGCGGUGGGAAUGGAGACCAGUUCUAGGAAUUCAGAAGUCAUCCAUGCUGGUCUAUACUAUGGCGCUGACUCCCUGAAGACCUUGCUUUGUGUCAAAGGUCGUCAGAUGAUGUAUGCGCUGUGUGAGAAAUAUUCCAUUCCUCAUAACAAUUGCGGAAAGUGGAUUGUAGCGCAAACAGAACAGCAAUGGGAAGAACUUACAAAGCUUAAUAAGUUUACCCAGACGAUCGAAGGCACGCCUACACAUUUCAUCUCUAUUGAAGAAGCGGCAAGAGUUGAGCCAUAUGUCAAAGCAAAGGCCGGAAUCUUGGCAUCGCCAACCACAGGAAUAAUAGACUCGCAUUCAUACAUGCAGUUCCUGUUAGGUGAUUUUGAAGAAAGAGGGGGCGAUACUGCUCUUCAUUCCCCUGUCGUUCGAAUCGAAGCACUGGGUGACCAUGGCACUUCAGGUUGGGAAAUCACAACACGGGAUACAUCCAGCGGCGAAGAAAGCACCUUCACAUCAGAAGUGAUCAUUAAUUCCGCAGGACUUGGCGCCUGCGAGAUUAAUAACAUGAUUCUUCCCACCUCAAGACAUCGGACUCCAUACUACGCCAAAGGAAACUAUUUCUCGUACGCUGCGUCCACACCUAGAACCAAACAUCUGAUAUAUCCAGCUCCUGAGCCCGGUCUCGGUGGCUUAGGAACACAUCUAACUCUCGAUAUUGGUGGACGUAUCCGCUUUGGUCCGGAUGUUGAAUGGGUUGACUCGCCUCAUGAUCUAGCUGUGAACUCAGAGCGCUUACCCCAGGCCAUCGAGCAGAUCAAAAAAUUUAUGCCUGAUAUACAGGAGGAUGCUAUUCAGCCCGAUUAUGCUGGCAUUCGGCCCAAGUUGGGCCACAACAGUGCAGUGGCAAGUGGAAAAGGCUUUCAGGACUUUAUCAUUCAGAAAGAGGAUGGAUAUGAAGGCUUCAUCAAUCUUCUUGGGAUUGAGAGUCCUGGGUUGACUAGCAGUUUGGCUAUUGGUGAAAUGGUAGACGGACUAUUGUACAAAUCAUAA